AUGGAGUUUUGGCGCAAUCAGCUCUCCGAAUACGGAUCUUGUGCAGUGGAUAGAAUCUACGGUAUCGAAGAUGCCAACAGCUACUUCGAACGAGCAAUUCAUCUCUACAAAAACUACUAUUCUCUACACGGAUGGGAGGCUGUGCGACCCAACAACUCUGCGCCGAUUCCUUCCGAUGAAAUACGAGCGGGCCUGGGGGAACUCUUCCCGAAAAAAAUCGAAGUCGUCUGCCGUGGUCAGAUGCGAGAUUUUGACGUGUUGCUGGAGAUCCACUUGUGUUUCAACCUACGCUGGAAACCCAUAGACUGCGUGACCAGGGCUUCUUGCAAUACGCGCAAGGUGUGGUUCCUUGAGCAUUAA